CUCCUCGCACGCUCUCCUAAUGUCGCUAUGCACUCAGACCGCCCGCCCGUCUCACCAGCCGCUUUUCCAGCCCCUUCUGCGGCCCCUUCUGCGGCCAGCCUGCCAGCCUGGGCAAGAAUCCGAGCGCUGGGGGUUUCUUUAACCCGCAGGAUUCCUCGGCUGCAGCUUCGUUCCACGCCAGACGAUGCCGUCCCACUCGUUGACUGCACUCACCCGUGCUGUGCCGUCUCUCGACCCCCCUCAAUAGCGACAUGCCACUGUGUUGAUGCACCUGGCGGGGGCGCCUCCGCUAUAGUGAUCUCGACGGCGUGUUGAGGCUGGCG